AAUAGAGACAUUAAAAACUUAGAGGAAGCUUUUGACGCUGUGCUAGAGGUAGACAGGAAAUUAAGAAGUCGUCGUGAUUUGGCACGAAACACAUCACCAGGAGGCUGGAACAACAGGGAUCACCACAGCAACGAACGUCGAAAUGAAAUUUCAUACCCUCAAUCUCCAACACGACACGAUCGAUAUAGAGAUCGACAGAGGAGACCAUCUAACUCUGAAGACGAGAGAGAAGGACGACCACGUACAUCAGCAUGGACUGUGCGAUCCAGGAAUCAAUCGAAUUCACCUUCUUAUCGUUCAAAUUCACCACGCACAGAUCAAGAUGAAAAACGGUUUACAGUUUUAAAACGCAGUGAAAAGGAUGAUACUUCGCAGCUAUAUUGUUGGCGAUGUGAUACCCAAGGACACGAUGAAAAACGUUGUAGGAGGAAUUCGCAAAAUUUCAGACAGCGAUCAUACUCUCGAAAUUCUUCAGUCGAAUCAAACAAGUCUUUAAACUCAGAAAACGCUCAACGGAAAGGCGAGGCGGUGAGCGAUCUGCAAAGACCUCGCCAAAAGAUAGUCAGAUUCACGGGAGAAUCCUCAUCAAGGAAACCCCAGCACCAAGAAUAAAAAUCAAAGUUCCGGAAUUAGAAUUAGAAACAGCUGAAUUUUUAAUUGACGGUGGCGCGGCAGUUAACUUAAUAGUGCGCGAUGUUCUCGGAGAUCAAGCCAAACGUAUCACUAAAGAAGUUAUUGAAAUCACAGGACUUACAAAAUCACCUAUUUAUAGCAUAGGAACCACAAUUCUUCACAUUCACGGUAAGCCUGCAUUAUUUUACGUAGUAGAGAACCUUGCAAUAGAAGCCGAUGGAAUUAUAGGCAGCCCAUUUUUAUUACAAGAAGAAGCAGAAAUUUCAUAUUAUCAUGGAACACUAGUAUUGAAAGAUAAACCUAUUCGACCACUUCGUUUUUCAAAUUACCGAGAUUUAGCUCAGCAGAAAAAUCCGAAAUCGACUAAACACCGUAUCGAAGCUCGAACAACAAAACAAAUUGCAAUUCACAUAGCUAAUCCAAAUAUUAAAGAGGGAUACUUACCGCGACUCAAAACAUCAGAAAAUAUAUACAUUGGCGAAGCAGCAGUAUAUAAUCGUGACGGCAUUUGUUACGCGUUAGCAACGAAUACCGGAGAAGACGAUGUAGACAUCGAAAUUGAACCUCAAUACAUUCAUCCUUACGAUAUUUACGACUCGUCGGACGACGACCCAAUUUCUUCAUAUAUGACCGAAAACACACCAGAAAAUAGAGCAACACGAAUUAGAAAUCUUUUAAGAACCGAUCAUCUCAAUGCAGAAGAACGUAAACAUGUAUUCAACAUCGUCGACGAAUUUUCAGACAGAUUUUACUUGCCUGGAGACAAACUAGGAGAAGUACCGAAUUUUUACCAUUCAAUUCAUACAACAGAUGACGUACCGAUUAAUACAAGACAAUACCGAUAUCCACCAGUACACCAAGACGAAAUACAACGUCAAGUAAAGGCUCUGUUAUUACAAGGAGUCAUACAGCCAUCUAGUUCACCAUAUAAUUCUCCGUUAUGGAUUGUACCAAAGAAACCAGACGCUAAGGGCAAUAAGCGUUGGCGUAUGGUAAUCGAUUUCCGAGCCUUAAACGAAAAGACUUUGAGUGAUAAAUUUCCUUUGCCGAAUAUCACCGAAAUUCUAGAUAAAUUGGGAGGAGCAAAAUAUUUCACAAUUUUUGAUAUAGCAAAUGGAUUUCAUCAAGUUCAAAUGGAUCCUAAGGAUUGUCCGAAAACAGCAUUCACAACACCGGAUGGGCAUUUUGAAUUUGUACGCAUGCCAUUUGGUUUAAAAAAUGCACCACCGACAUUUCAACGCUUAAUGAAUCAAGUUAUAUCUGGUCUAGAGAACGCUCAUGUAUUCAUAGACGAUAUGGUUGUUUUCUCUUCAUCACUACGAGAACAUGAAAUAAAAGUAAAAAAAUUACUCAAUCGGCUCAGAGAAUUUGGACUUACACUGCAGAUUGAUAAAUGCGAAUUCUUACGUAAGGAGGUUACUUAUUUAGGACACAUUUUAACAGAAAAUGGUGUUAAGCCAGAUCCUCGUAAAUUACAAGCUGUAAAAGAAUUUCCCAUUCCUAAAACACAGAAAAAUGUCCAGCAGUUCUUGGGACUGACAGGAUAUUAUCGCCGUUUCAUAAAAGAUUAUUCUAUUAAAUCAAAACCAUUAGUUCAGUUAUUAGGUAAAGGAAUUCGUUUUAAGUGGACCGAAGACCAGCAAAAAAGUUUUGAAAAUUUACGCGACGAACUCUGUACACAACCAAUUUUACAAUAUCCGGAUUUUAAUCGACCAUUCAUUGUUACCACUGACGCAUCAGAUUACGCAAUUGGAGCUGUACUUAGUCAAGGAGAAAUAGGAAACGAUCUACCAAUUGCCUACGCAUCUCGUACCUUAAAUAAAGCCGAAAGGAAUUAUUCUGCUACAGAAAAGGAAUGUCUUGCAAUGGUUUACGCAGUACAAUAUUUCAGACCGUAUCUUUAUGGAACAAAAUUCACACUCGUCACAGAUCACCGACCGUUAGUCUGGUUACACUCUGUCAAGGAUCCGACAUCACGACUUAUGAAGUGGAGACUCAGACUCUUAGAGUACGAAUAUCAGGUUAUCCAUAAAGCAGGAAAGACGAACAAGAACGCAGACGCAUUAUCACGUAACCCAGUACCAUCUUGCUUACCACUUAUACCCCGAGAUCCUCAAGACCCCGAUUACAAGCACAUAGGACAGAAACCAGAAAUCGACACGGAUUCCAUAGGAUUUCGUGUGCGGCAACUACAAAGGGACAGGGAAAGGAGACCGAAAUAUCAAGAGGAAAACACUAGCUCUGAUGAAGAACCAGCCCGUGGGAAGGUUCAACAUUCUCCAAUAGCAGAUAGACCGAGAGUCUUACCUAACUUAUCGCACGAGAUAAGUAUGCCAGAUGAACACAUGGAAACAAUAAACUUUCAUCCGCAAGCAAAUUCUACUAAAAUCACAUCGACAGAAGAAGACGUAAACUUGAUUUCAUUCGAAGAACCAUCAGAAAAUACCAUUACGGAAAACACGAUAAUCGCAAACCCGCAACAGGAUUUACUUAACCAUACACCAUUAUCACUUGUAACAAAUGAGGGAAUUUUACAACCACAACCUGUUAACGAAACAAUAGGAACGGCAAUCCAGCAACCACAGGAAAACUUUGACCGUACCGUUGACCCUUAUCCGUUCACACUUCUUGACACAGACACUCUUUCCACGGAGGGAGAUGACCUGCGAAGAAAAGUGCAACCUUCACAGACACUUGAGGUUAUUAUCUCUCCAAACACCCUGACCACCGAGGAAGGUCAUUACGCACAUUUCAUACCUGCGGACUGUAAAUUGGUAACCCCCAUUGGAAAACUGUUACUGGACACAGAAGCAAUAGAUUUACAACAGCUCAUGUCAAAGAAACCGCAGAAAGGAGACGUAAUAGAAUCAGCAAAUGGCUCAUACAAAGUUUACAGUAUAAUAAUAUCAGAUAAUUUUUACGACACCAUUAAAAGUGAAGAUAUACUAAACGGACUACAAACACUGAAACAGCAUUUAGAUCAAAAUCCAAUUAAAUCAUUUAGAAUAUCAGCAGUCGGAGAUUUUCAUAAAUUACCAACCAAUGAAUUAACUAAAUUAAUAAAGGACGUUUUCAACGGUACAACACAGAAAAUCAUCAUAUGCAAUUGUUCAACGAUUACACCAUCAGAAGAAGAUCGAUUACAAAUAAUUCGCGAAGCUCACGACAGUUUGAUAGGAGGACAUAAAGGAGUCACAAAAACAUAUAAACGCAUCAGAGCGAAAUAUCAAUGGCCAGAAAUGCACAACGAAAUACGAAAUUAUAUCAGGAAAUGUCCAAGCUGUCAAGAAGAGAAAUUAGUUAGAGCAAAAACUCGUCAACCAAUGUUAAUUACCGAUACCCCGAUAGAACCAUUUGAUAAAGUUGCUUUAGACACCGUAGGACCUUUACCUUUAACGCCUAGCGGAAAUAAAUACAUUCUCACAAUGCAAGAUUGUUUAACGAAAUAUUGUAUAGCAGUAGCAAUACCAAACAUUAGAGUGUUACGUUGCGCGUUGCACCACAAACUAAUGGAUCACUAG